UCUUUUAGGCGUGGUUCACGAUUAAAUGCGAGUUUAAUAGAUUCAAUCAAAUAACCCACAUCCAUUGAUCGGUUCGGGAUAGUAUCAAAUCACCUUGAGCCCAUUCGUCGGAUCCGUUAUAAAUCUUCCUCCCGCACUCUCGUGGCUGCGUGGCUAUUGAAUCAGUCCGCCACUGAUCAUCUCCUCUCUGUCUCUCCGUAUCUUCGUAUCUCUCUCCCACCAGUUCUUCUCCCAUAAAGGGGACCAUCUCGCUUCCUCUCUUCGAGCAAUCUCAUUUGGUACAGAUUGGGAAUCAGCCCUAAAGAUGGAAAUCCAUAUGGCUAUUAAGAGUUGUAGUGAUCAAAGGCUUCAGACCAAGUACCAGAACGCGACCUACGUGAUUCGGAGGGCUUUUGCUCUUUACGAGUUUCAACAGGUUGCAUUCAGUUUUAAUGGCGGGAAAGACUCAACUGUUUUACUGCAUUUACUACGUGCUGGAUAUUUUUUGUAUCAGGAAGAAAUGAGUAGUUUCAAUGGAAAAAUGGAUUCUGUGCUAAAGUGUCCAAUAAGAACUAUAUACUUCGAGACUACUUCUGCUUUCCCUGAAAUUAAUUCAUUCACUUAUGAGACGGCCGCUCUAUAUGAUUUACAAUUGGAGAUUAUUCGCCUUGAUUUUAAGUCUGGACUAGAGGCUUUACUUAAGGAAAAACCUACAAAAGCUAUAUUCCUGGGUACCCGAAUUGGUGAUCCAAAUGCUAUCGGCCAAGAGCAGUUUUCUCCAAGCUCAACUGGAUGGCCUCCUUUUAUGAGGGUGAAUCCUAUCCUUGAUUGGUCAUACAGAGAUGUUUGGGCUUUCAUCCUGGCCUGCAAGGUUCCAUAUUGCAGUCUAUAUGAUGAAGGGUAUACUUCCAUUGGGAGCAUAUAUGAUACAGAGCCAAAUGCAUUGUUAUGCAUUCCUUAUCAGUCUGGCGAUAAAGCAAAGUUCAAACCCGCUUAUCUUUUAUCAGAUGGAAGACUUGAGAGAGCUGGGAGAGCAAAGAAGCUUGCUUCAAAGAAUGAAACCAUUCCUACCAUGAGUAAUGGUUUAAAGACUGCUCAUCCACAUCAAAGUUGCUCUUUUUCAUCGUCAAUCAUUACAGUAGGUGAUGAGAUUCUGUUUGGCUCUGUGGAGGGAAAAACAGGUGCAACGUUAUGCAAGAAACUAAAUGCUAUAGGCUGGCGGGUUUCUCAUAUAGCUGUUGUUGGUAAUGAUAUUGAUUUUAUAGCCGAGGAAUUGGAGCGCAGGAAGUGCACAGAUGACUUGAUAUUUCUUUUUGGAGCGCUUGGGCCUUUACAUUCAGAUGUUUCAUUAGCUGGUGUGGCAAAAGCUUUUAGAGUUCGUCUGGCCCCUGAUGAAGAGUUUGAAGAGUAUCUUACACCUAUGAUGGGAAGUCAUGGCACAGGCAACCGAAAUGAGAUGGCGUUAUUGCCGGAAGGUAUCACAGAAUUGCUGUACCAUGAGAUGCUAGAAGUGCCAUUGAUUAAAUGUUGUAACGUGAUUCUUCUUUCUGCAACAAAUACUUCUGAACUGGAGAAGCAGUGGGAUUGUCUUCUACAGUUGCAUAACAGCCCUUUAGUGCAAGUGGGCCCCUUCAUAUCAAAGCAACUCAGCACCAUGCUCUCUGAUGUUGAGAUUGCUGAGGUGGUUUCAAAAUUAUGCCUUGAUUUCCCUGAUAUUUAUAUUGGAUGCUAUCGCCAGUCCAGAGCUGGACCUCUCAUAAUAAAUUUUGUCGGAAAGGACCGAGAAAGAAUAGAAUUUGCUUCCCAAACCUUGACUCAGAAGUUUGAAGUUGGAGCAUUUUCUGAACAAAGCAGUAGGUGAUUUCAGUUCUCUCUCCAUCAUUUCUUCUUCAAACUUUGCUCUCAGUCUGUUACUGCAUGAAGAGAGACAGAAAGAGAGAGAUAGAGGGAGAGAGAGAGAGCGAGAGUAAAUAAAAAGGAGAGAGGUAGAGAGAGAAUCUGAAUCUUCAAGAGCCUCCUGUCAAAAGAGGCUUCUCUUUUGUGGCUUCUUUU